GCAGUGAUUGGAGGAGGUAGUUCAGGUCUGGCCUGCAUCAAGUGUUGUUUGGAUGAAGGACUGGAGCCCGUCUGCUAUGAAAGCAGUGAUGACUUUGGUGGUCUGUGGAGGUUUAAGGAGAAUCCAGAGCCAGACAGAGCCAGCAUCUACCACUCUGUCAUCAUCAACACCUCCAAGGAGAUGAUGUGUUUCAGUGAUUUUCCCAUUCCUGGACACUACCCCAACUUCAUGCACAACUCCCUCAUCAUGGACUACUUUCGAAUGUAUGCGGACAACUUCCAGCUCACCAAGUACAUACGCUUCAAUACCAAAGUCUUGCAGGUGAAGCAGAGAUCAGAUUUUUCUCAUUCAGGCCAGUGGGAUGUUGAGACAGAGAACAAGGACGGCAAAAAGGAGAAACACAUUUUUGAUGCUGUGAUGAUCUGUAUUGGACAUCACUGCCACCCCAAUAUGCCCCUACAAGACUUCCCAGGCAUUGACACUUUCAAGGGAAAGUAUUUCCACAGCCGAGACUACAAGACUCCUGAGGAGUGGAGGAAUAAGAAGGCUGUAGUGAUUGGAAUAGGGAACUCUGGAGGAGACAUAGCAGUGGAACUGAGCAGAGUCACCAAGCAGCUUUACCUGAGCACACGAAGAGGAGCCUGGGUUCUGAACCGAGUCGGGGACAAUGGGCUACCACUUGAUUUGUUUUUUAACAGGGUGUUAAAUUCUGUGCGAAGAAUCCUUCCCUUUGGUUUUUUCUGUGGUUUAGGAGAGAGACAACUCAACCGAAGAUUUGACCACGCUCUGUACAAUCUUAAACCAAAACACAGGUACUGUGUCUGUUUUUUAGAAUUACAUCUAUAGCAUAGCUUGACCCAACAGCU